AUAAUAAAUCAACUUUGUUUCCACGAAAAUGCAUCAUUGUUACAAGAAAGAUUUUUGUUUAAGGUUUUUUGUACGUAAAUUUGUUAAGACAGGAAACAUUCCCGCCACAAAAUUACCGGUGCAACAUCAGGCUGUAUAUAUACAUCUUUCCACUUCGUCCAACAUCAUUCCAGAAAAAAAUUAGGAAAAACAAUCUGAAAAUAUAGCGAUGGAACUGAAUUCAGCUUUGAUGGACAAGAAUCUGACAACUACACCGCGACCUGAAUGGCCAUCCGCCGCUCCAGCAACACUGUUACUAGUUUUUGGAGUUACGGGAAAUGUAUUGGCAUUGACUAUUCUCUGUUGUUCUUCAAAAAAUCACAAAUGGCAACCCUUCUACCGCUUCGUUUUUGGACUUGCCAUCACAGAUGGGGGUGGCGUAUUGCUUUCCUGCCCUAUAGCAUUGGUUCGUUACGGCAGCAAAUUUAAAUUUGACUAUCCGCAGCCGUUGUGUGACUAUAAGGCAUUUAUUCUCAUGUUUACUAUUUUGGGUUCAGCACUAUUUAUUUGUGCAAUGUCUUUCGACCGUUUCAUAGCAAUUCUGUAUCCCCACUUUUAUAACUCCCUAACAAAAACCAUGAGAACUGUUUUAACGAUAGUCGGAAUUUGGAUUUUCACUGCAUUUUCAUCAAGCCUCCAUCUGAUGGUUGGUCUUAAAAGUCAGAGUUUUUUCCCGGGUUCUUGGUGUUUUCUGGACUUUGUAGCAGAUGCCAAAUUAAACAGGAUCCUCGCCUUGUUUUACUCGUUGACGGGCAUUCUGAUUCUUGCCACCACAAUUGUCCUCAACACAACAGUAAUUAUAAAAGUCUGCUAUGACAGUCGUCAGAAGAAGAAUAUGUGCAUAACAAAGAAGAAAAACACAUAUAUUUUGGUCUUCUUGUUCUUAGUCGUGAUCCUCUUCACAUCCUGUAUAACACCACUCUUAAUUAACAUUUUCGGACAUGCAAUUGGAACAAUUUCCGGAAAUGGGCGGUUUGAACUGAACGCUUUACGCAUUGCUGUCUUGAACUCCAUCAUUGAUCCAUGGAUUUAUAUUGUAUUCCGAAAAGAUACAUUCGCGUUUUUUAGGCGACUGGCCUUAAAAUUGGGACUUGUUUCUGAAUCAAGCUCAACCAGUGACUCUCCGUCCUCCAACAAAGUGAACCAUAGCAGCGAUCCAUUUGUUUCAAUGUCGUCAAAGGACGUGGACGGUUCUUGAUGACUAAAAACUCUUUUUACAUCAUAACUGUUUUAUUUCAUCAUUAUAACAAUAUUAUUUAUUUCUGUAAACAAUAGGUAUUGCAGUAAGAGUUACUAGUACACUUUAUUUAGAUUUAAAUCCAGUGAAUCUAUCAUGCAGCAUCAAAAUAAUUGCAAAUAAUAACACAAUUUAUUUUGUCAUAAAUGUAGACAUGCUACUUAUUUAUGUCAACAUGCAAGAUAAUUAUGUCAAAUUGCGACUUAUUUAUGUGAACAUAACUGUAAAUAUAUAUACAUAUAUA